CCAGAACCCCAGUUAAGCAAAGGGGUUGGUUUCCAUGGAGACACGGCAUCUUUUCUCCAUGGCAACCUGAAAUCCCCCAACCCAGGUUGGGCCCAGGAGUGAGUCAUCUGUGACCAGCAGGGGGUGCUCUCGCAACAGCUGACCACGGAGAGGUGGCCGGCUGAGCAACUGACCACGAGCAGGACGAAGGUGCCCCAAAGGCGGGGCUUGUGGGGGCUGAGUCGGCCCCACUUAACCCCCUCCUGCCCACCCGCGUGCUAUAAGGAGACCAGCACGGCUGCUGGAUUCACCGUGUGGAGGUGGUGCCCCCCACAGCUGGGGCCCUAGGAGUGGCGCUGGUGUGGAGGGGGAUCCCUGCCCCUUGAGCGGAGUCCAGAAGCCAGAGGAAGCGGGCACCGGCCAGCAGAGUGGACACACAAGAGUUAACUGGCGGGGUGUGCCAGGGCGCACCGCCCUCAGGAAGUGUUACUCACCGCUGGGAAUGUGUGCGCCUGUGCCUGGGGGCUGGAUUCUCUUCCUGAGUCCCAGGAGAAGCCGGGGAAGGAGCUCCCAGCCAUGGAAGCCCUGGGGGCGCCCAAGGCAGCCCCUCUCGGAGCCCCCAGCCUGUCCAGCUGCCCUCCUGGCCACCAGGAGAGAGAAAAGCCCACCCAGGACCCGCUGUACGACGUGCCCGAUGCCGGCGGGGGACAGGCAGGUGGACCCCAGCAGCCGGGGCGCACCGUGAGCCUGCGGGAGCGCCUGCUGCUCACCCGGCCCGUGUGGCUGCAGCUGCGGGCCAACGCCGCGGCCGCCCUGCACGUGCUGAGGACUGAGCCCCCCGGGGCGUUCCUUGUGCGGAAGUCUAACACCCACCAGUGCCAGGCCCUGUGCGUGCGGCUGCCCGAGGCCAGCGGCCCCUCCUUCGUGUCCAGCCACUACAUCCAGGAGCGCCCAGGCGGCGUCUCCUUGGAGGGCUCGGAGCUCGUGUUCCCGGACCUGGUCCAGCUCAUCUGUGCCUACUGCCGGGCCCGAGACAUCCUUCUCCUCCCGCUGCGGCUCCCCAGAGCCAUCCACCAGGCGGCCACCCACAAGGAGCUGGAAGCCAUUUCCCACCUGGGCAUGGAGUUCUGGAGCUCCUCCCUCAACACCAAGGCGCAGCAGGGGCCGCCCGACGGCCCCCGGCUGCCCCGGCUGAAGGCCCGCUCCCCUCAAGAGCUGGACCAGGGCACCGGGGCCGCCCUGUGCUUCUUCAACCCUCUGUUCCCGGGGGACCUGGGCCCCACCAAGCGGGAGAAAUUCAAGAGGAGCUUCAAAGUGCGCGUGUCCACCGAGACCUCCAGCCCGCUGUCCCCGCCGGCCGUGCCGCCUCCGCCGGUGCCGGAGCUGCCGGCGGCGACAGCGGCCAGCCAGGCCGAGAGGGUGCCCCCUCGCCAGCUGCUGCGGAGGGAGAGCUCCACGGGCUACCGCGUGCCCGGGGGUACUGGCCCCGGCGUCCCCCCCCUGCCCUCCCUCCAGGAGGUGGACUGCGGCUCCCCCAGCAGCUCCGAGGAGGAAGGGGCGCCCGAGUCCCGGGAGAGCCCAGCGACCUCGCCCCAGCUGGGCCGCCGGCGACCUCUGCUCCGCUCCAUGAGUGCCGCCUUCUGCUCCCUGCUGGCGCCCGAGCGGCAGGUGGGCCGGGCGGCCAGGGCGCUCACGCGGGACAGGCACACGGCCGUGGGCCAGCUGGUGCAGGACCUUCUGACCCAGGUGCGGGCCGGGCCCGAGCCGCAGGAACUGCAGGGCGUCCGCCAGGCUCUGAGCCGGGCCAGGGCCAUGCUGAGCGCCGAGCUGGGCCCCGAGAAGCUGCUGCCGCCCGAGAGGCUGGAGCAGGUCCUGGAGAAGUCGCUGCACCGCUCCGUGCUCAAACCCCUCCGGCCUGUCCUGGCAGCCCGCCUGCGGCGCCGGCUCUCCGCAGAUGGCUCCCUGGGCCGCCUGGCUGAGGGCCUCCGCCUGGCCCGAGCCCAGGGCCCCGGGGCCUUCGGGUCUCACCUGAGCCUGCCGUCCGCCGUGGAGACAGAGCAGGUGCGCCAGAAGCUGUUGCAGCUGCUCCGCACCUACUCCCCCAGCGCCCAGGUGCAGCGGCUGCUGCAGGCCUGCAAGCUGCUGUACGUGGCCCUGAGGACGCACGCGGGCGAGGGCGCCGGCGCUGACGAGUUCCUACCUCUGCUGAGCUUCGUCUUGGCCCAGUGCGACCUUCCCGAGCUGCUGCUGGAGGCCGAGUACAUGUCGGAGCUGCUGGAGCCGGCCCUGCUCACGGGCGAGGGCGGCUACUACCUGACCAGCCUGUCGGCCAGCCUGGCCCUGCUGGGCAGCCUGAGCCAGGCCCACGCCCUGCCCCGGAGCCCCUCGCAGGAGCUGCAGCGUUCCCUCAGCCUCUGGGAACAGCGCCGCCUGCCUGCCACCCACAGCCUCCAGCACCUUCUCCGAGUCGCCUACCAGGACCCCAGCACUGGGUGCACGUCCAAGACCCUGGCCGUGCCCCCGGAAGCCUCCGUCGCCACCCUCAGCCAGCUCUGUGCCACCAAAUUCCGAGUGGCCCAGCCCGACUCCUUCGGCCUCUUCCUGUACAGGGAGCAGGGCUACCACCGCCUGCCCCCUGGAGCCUUGGCCCGUGGGCUGCCCGCCGCCGGCUACCUCGUCUACCGCCAGGCAGAGUGGCCUGAAUCCCAGGGGGCUGCCGCCCCUGAGCAGGGCAAUGGGGGUCCGGGGGGUGGGGACACAGAGGACAAAGCCAGCCCCGGAGACGCUGGGGGAGAGCGUGAGAGCAGUGCCGAGCAGGCUGAGGCUCGGGCCGCCGGAGGCCCCGGGCGGCCAGGGGAGCCAGAGGCAGAGGGUAACCAGCUGGCCGAGGAGUAGCUGGAAGCCGGGGAGUACCCAAAAGCUGAGGGGCAGUUGGAAGUGGCCAGAGGAUCACCUGAGGCAGGGGCUCCAAGCCUUCCGGGAAGGCCUUUCAGAGCCGUCAGCGCCACAGCCUCCUUGGGCACCCCCACCCCAGCCCUCUGGCGGGCCUGCACCCCCUGUCUGAUCUCUCCACGACCCCACCUAGCGGGAGCGGGGGCCGGCCGCAGCUGAGGGGCUGGAGCGACGUGAGGGGGACUGGGGUCCUUGCCCCAUGUCCUCCCACCAGGCAGCAUGCAGGGGUGAGUGCCCAGCUGGUGGCAGCUGGCAGAGACGGGUCUGGCAGCAUCCCUCACCGGCUGCAGGAUGUGAGGGCCCUCAAGGCCCUGCGAGGCCUGGACCAGACGUGCCCUUCGCCACCAGUGUUCGGGAGGAUCUGCUACAGAGCAGAGCUAAGGUUAGGAGGAGAGGGCGGGAAGAGGCCGGGUCAGCAGCCCCCACCUGCUGUCUCCCCGGAGUCUGUGCCCACGGCUGCGCGCCGACUGGGCCCCAUGAAAGGCGACUCCCUGCGGAGAAAGCACCGAUCCCGGUCUUUCCCCAAGAUCGGAAGUCCUCCCAGGCCCUCCAGCUUCCCUGGGGAUUGAAUGGGGUGAGCCAGGUCCCAGCGUCUCCCUUCCAAGCCACCAACAAAUCAACUCUCAUAGCAGGGAGCCCAGGGCAGGUGCAAAUCGGAGCAAAGAAAAAAUGCUGCUCACCCACCACCAGGGGGCGCACGGCCCUGGAAGCUGCCAACCCUGACGGGAGGGCUGUGGCCACGCACCUCGGAUUCCUAGCAGUGGAAGGCAGUUGGGGGACAAUGCAGGGGUGGAGGCUGCUGGCCCUGAGGUCUUUGUGAGUGAGAAGUCUGGGCGAGACUGCCUUUUGGGGUCCCUACCGCGGGAAGGUGUUGUCCCCCUCGGCAAGCUCGGAGGCGCCCACCUAGGAUGUCAGCCCACGCGUCAGAACUGGGAGGUGGACACGGCGGGCACCGGCUCCGACGAUCCGGACACAGCCCCGGUGCGUGGGGCUCCCAGAUUUCUCGCCAGGCCCCCGGCUGCUCCUAAGCCUCUCGCAGCCAGGAAGCCCCCUCUACUGUGUGUGUCCCACCCCCGCCCCAGUGCCCAAUAAAUGUUGUCCAUUGGUUGGAGUUC